AUGUGUCUCUUGCAGCAACCUACUGUAGAGCGAUGGCUGCCGUUCCAUGCCGCCUGCAUUAACGGGCAUAUUCAUUUACUCGAAUUGCUCAUCAACUUCAAAUACCCGGAAUAUUUGUAUGCUACAUAUCGCGAUGAAGAGGGUCAAUGGGAGUGGCGUUUGCCAUUCGAUCCGAAUGCUCAAGAUGUAACUGGUCAGACAUGUCUCUACAUUGCCAGUAUAUUGGGCAACAAAUCUUUGGUAAAUGUACUACUCAAGUGGCGUGUAAAGAGUCACAAAACCUUAAAUAUUGGUGAGGGAGGCUGUGUUGGCAACUCAGAGAUAGGUCCUGUCGGCGUUGAAAACAUUCACAAAAGUAGUAGCAGCACUUCGAUCACACCCACACGUAAGCGUAUUUCAUUCGGUAUCCAAGCAAUAAUGGCUAAACUGAAUAUAUCUGGGGAGGGUGAGAAUCUGAUCAAAGAGGAGGAUGAAUGCGAAAGGUGCCCCGUUAAUUUGAAUUUACUUUGUGGUGCAACUCGUGAAACAGCUCUCUUGGCGGCCGUGCGUGGUGGAUUUGUUGAUGUAGCCACAUUACUUCUGCAAAAUGGUGCCAAUCCAAAUAUUAUGGCUAAACCAGUAGAGGAUCACAAUGAUCCAAAAUGCAUGGAGGAAAUCUAUGGCCUUAGUAACGUACCCAUUGCAGAGGCAUGCAAGCAGCGUUCAUUACCGAUGGUUGAAUUGCUUUUAAGAUAUGGUGCUCGUGAUGAAGGUGGUACUGCACUAAUGGUAGCCGUCAAUUCCGAUGACGAGGAAAUAUUGAGCCGUCUGCUAGCGAAGCGCGUGCAUCCCGACUCCGAUUAUAAAAUCAACAAAAAGGGCUUACCGACGCCAGUUGAAGUAAACGUGUUCCUACCAUCGACAACGAAUAUUUCGUAUAGCGCAAUGUUUCCUAAUGUGCCAACCAUAAUUGAUUGGCAUAACAAUACAAAUGUUCAAUUGACAUUCGUACGUAUUAACUGGCUCGUUAAAGGCGUCCUACAACUUAAUCCCAAACUCCAAGGACACCCGAUGGUUAAUGAAGUGGCGCUGACAGCCAUAACGCGCAUUGAUUUGUCGCAUAACAACCUCAGUGUCCUCCCUAAAGAAAUUUUUAAAUAUCUAAACAUUGCACAGAAUAAAAUCGCCAGCCUACCUUUUCCUGCGCAAUCACCGAAUAGUGCAAAAUAUGAGUACAAUUGUCCGGUGCUUGAGGAACUUUUCAUGCAGGAUAAUCGCCUAGUAAUGAUACCUGCCGACAUUUUUUACUUGCCUUCGCUUACCAUUUUAGAUAUCUCAAACAACAAACUGCAAGAACUGCCGUUUGACAUGUGGAAAGCACCAAAAUUGCGAGAACUAAAUAUAGCAUUUAAUUUGCUGAAGGACUUACCAGUGCUACCGAUGCAGUCCUCAACAUCACACAUCAGUUUAGAGAAGUUGGAAUUGGAGCCGUUUUCUAAUAUCGAAUCCUCAGAAGCGUGCAAUUCCAAGCCACGCAAUUUAAAUUUCCAUCAGUUGAUACAUCGAAAUGUUUGGGCUAAUUCGUUAGAUAUAACCGAUAAUGACAUGAAGUGGAAUAAACCGAAGAAAGAAGAGGGAGUCUCAAAGUUAAAUAGCCUAAAUAUCGCUAAUAAUCUUUUUACCAGCAUACCUGUGGUGCUACCUUGUUUGGCGGUUAAUUUGACACGUCUCAACAUGUCGUAUAAUAGUUUAAGAUCUAUGGGACAUGUGACGGGCUACCCUUCAGCUCUGAAGCAACUUGAUCUAAGUCAUAAUGAAAUUUCUUGUUGGCCAAGUUUGCCGCGUAUCAGCGGUGAUCUCGACCCACAUUUGCUUUGCUACGGUUCGGAUCGUUCCACCAAUACGACGGAUGACGCAUCCACGUAUUCUAAGCCGGUGGGCAGUGGGAAAACAAUCUCAUUCCGCAGCACAGUACUUAAAAGCGUCUGUCGCCAUCGACGUCAUUUAAGACUUGAAUCGUUACGCACUCUUAUACUAGCCGAUAAUCUCUUGACUCGCAUACAGUUAUCCACUGAUGAUGCAACGACGCUUUUUAACGAAUCCGAAGAUGCAGACUGGAGUGUUGUGGGUGUGACAAAGUCCAAGAUAAUAUUUCCGAACUUAUCCAUGUUGGAUAUUAGCAACAAUUGUUUGAAGGAAAUUCCCACUUCAUUACAUGAAUUAAGUGGUCUCAGUGUAUUAAAUAUAAGUGGUAAUGUGAAUAUCACCGAUCUUCCACCGCAUCUUGGUCUUCUCUCACGCCUAUGGAACUUAAACACACGCGGCUGUAUGCUUCAGGAGCCACUUAAAUCGAUGAUCGAAAGUAAGAAGUAUAAGACAAUGGAUAUAAUUGGAUAUUUGAAGUCAAUUUAUGAGAAUUCCGUGAUAUACGCGCGCAUGAAGUUGAUGGUGGUAGGCGUACAAGGCAUAGGCAAAACGACUCUGUUAGAUUUGCUGCGCCAAGGUGGUGGAUCUCAGAAAUCACGUGCCUCAGAAAACCAUUGGGCCAGACGCAUGGGACAUGCGCGUAAUACGCCAAAGUCGAACUGUGCCGGAAACAUUUCGACGGUUGGUGUUGAUAUUGGGACCUGGAUAUGUGAAAAGCGUAAGAAAUCGCCCGGCUCACAUGGACCUGUAAUAUUUCGAACUUGGGAUUUUGGUGGCCAAAAAGAAUACUAUGCAACACAUCAGUAUUUUUUAUCGAAACGUAGUUUAUAUUUGGUACUUUGGAAAAUAACGGAUGGGCAUAAAGGACUUACUGAAAUACUCCAAUGGCUCGGUAACAUACAGGCUCGCGCACCCAAUUCUGCUGUCAUAAUUGUUGGAACGCACUACGAUGCAGUUGGAGACACGAUCACCGCCCAACAGGCAGAAGAACUGCAACAAAUCAUACGCGAAAAAUUUAUCGCUAUACCAGAUGCAGAAAAAGUUGGAUUACCGCGAGUAAUCGAUUCAAUAGAGAUAAGCUGCCGCACCUUGCACAACAUACGUCUAUUGGCCAAUAUAAUCUACGACACAGCAUUUAUGUUGCGUUCUCCCGGGUCUAAAGAACCGCUUCUGCUACAAAAGAUACCUGCUAGUUACAUAGCAUUAGAGGAUAUAGUCAAUGUUAUUGCUUGUAGUUUACGUACCGCUAAUGCAGACCCAGUACUUGAUGCGGACGAAUUUCGAAAACUUGUUACCGAAGAAAUGCGUUUGCAUAACUACAAAAGCUUUCGCGACGCGGCAGAACUUAAUCAAGCCACAAUGUUUUUGCACGAUAACGGUGUGAUACUGCAUUAUGACGACGCAACCUUGCGCGACUAUUACUUUUUAGAUCCACAAUGGCUGUGCGAUAUGUUGGCACAUGUGGUGACAGUACGCGAAAUCAAUCCUUUCGCUCCUACCGGUAUUAUGAAAGUGGAUGAUCUGGCAUUGUUGUUUCGCAAUAUAAAUUCACAGAAUAAAAACAAUCGAAGUUAUAUUCUUAGUUUAUUGAAUAAAUUUGAAGUAGCACUCACAUGGGACUCACGAACGUUACUAAUACCAUCCCUUUUACCACUUGAUGAAAGUUCAACACCUAAUACGGGCACCACCGUUAUGGCUUUUCAACGCUCGCGUGCACGUAAUUUUGGUAUAGAUUGUUCGAAUGGAAUCAGCACAAAUAAUCUAACAUUUGAGCCACAUAUAGAUAAUUCGAAAGACAUUGAAGUGGGCCUUAGGCGUAUUCUCUUGAUGACAUAUUUUCCUUCCGGAUUUUGGUCUCGUAUAUUAACAAGAUUAUUAGCCGAUGAGCAGAUAACCGACGCCAUCAGAUCAAUUUAUUUUCCCACAAAUAAUAAAUGUUUGGAAUUCGACAUGCGCAACUAUCUGGAGCGAGACACAAAAUGGAAUUUAUGGCAAACUGGCGUAUCUUUGUAUUUUAAUCAAAUUUUACUUUUUAAAAUAUGGGAAGUUCCAUUUAAGUCAACCUCUACAACUCAAUCAUUUCGAAGUCCGACAAAUCGUUUCAAACUAAAGCUGGAUGGUUUGUGGAGCGAUGUAAAUUUAUCAUCCUCCGGCAUAUUGGAAAUUUAUUUUCCCCUGAACAAUAUUGAGAUGUAUCAAGAGAUUUCUGCUGGUAAUCGUGAGCUCGUUGCACAUAUGGAACCAAAUAUGUCAAUAGUUUCAAAGUUACUGGCGCUGGCAGUAGAUCAUAUCGAUUUGUUGCUUGAAGAUUGGUAUCCAGCGUUGGGUACACGAUUCGUCCACACCUCAGAGGGACGAUUCCUGAUCACUCGUCUGGUUUUAUGCCCGAAAUGUUUGCAAAAACUAUUCUCUGGCAAUAGUGUAGAUAACAGAAAGCUUGACGACGGCGGUAGUCCUGCAGAUGUUCCCGGCAAAAGUAGGAAUGUGACUAGACGCGCCGGGAAAUUCGGUGAGAGUGCCGAGGAAGGUGCCAUGAAUUUGUUUUCGGCAUAUAUGAGUACAACAUUGUGGCGUGAACGAAAAUCAGAGGAUUCUUUGUGCCUUUCGGAUGCUGAUUCAGGGGUCGGACCUGAUUCUGCAUCCUCUUCUCGUAAUACAUCCGUCGACGGCCACCCUAUCUACGAACAGCACGAUGUAUCAAAUAUUUGCUACUGUUGGAUGGUUGAAGAAUGCAUACUAUCUGUUUAUAACCAGAAUAAAAUAGUUUGUCCCGUACAUUUGGAAAUGAAUAUGAUUAGAUUGGCACCUGAUGUGGUAUUCGCUGAUAUACCCGAUCGAUAUAGCAUUAACGCGGACAGCAUUAUUAAAGGUUCACUGUUGGGGCGAGGUGCAUUUGGCUUUGUAUUUAAGGCAACUUGUAAAAUAAAAUCAGCCCGCAGCUUUAAAGCAGUGGCUAUGAAAAUGCUCCAGCCUGUCCCACCUGGACCCAGAGCCAAGGAAAGCGCAUUGAUGGCAUAUAAAAUUGCAUUGGGCAAAUGGGAUCGUGAUCCAUUACAGCAUGCCUGUAAAGCGUAUUGUACUGCACGACAAGAAUUAGCGGUAUUGCUUACUUUGAAGCACCAAAAUAUUGUUCCCCUUGUGGGUAUUUGCAUCAAACCACUAGCUUUAGUGUUAGAGCUUGCACCGAUGGGCGGACUUGAUUCAGUUUUACGACAGUAUCGACGAAGCGGUGCACACAUUGGUCCCCACACUUUUCAGACUCUAGCCUUACAAGCGGCACGUGCAAUAGAAUACUUGCAUAGGCGUCGUAUCAUUUAUCGCGAUUUAAAGUCAGAGAAUGUGCUGGUUUGGGAUUUCCCACUGCCCCAUAGUGAAGAUACCCCACGAAAUUGCGUACAAAUAAAAAUUGCUGACUAUGGUAUUAGUCGUCAAACCGCACCAAGUGGAUCAAAGGGUUUUGGCGGUACUGAAGGUUUUAUGGCGCCUGAAAUUAUCCGCUACAAUGGCGAAGAAGAGUAUACGGAAAAGGUUGAUUGCUUUUCAUUUGGGAUGUUCAUAUAUGAAAUAAUAUGCUUACGUCAACCUUUCGAAGGUCAUGAGUCAAUCAAAGAGUGUAUCCUUGAAGGUAGUCGUCCACCACUUACCCAGCGUGAAGCUCAAUUUCCUUCAUAUUGUCUCGAUCUGAUGGUUCUGUGCUGGAACGAAUUGCCGCGGAAACGCCCAUCGGCCAGUCAAAUUGUUUCAAUACUAACCGCUCCUGAGUGCAUACACUUGUUAGAUGCCAUUGCCUUGCCCCAUAAUGAAAAGGUAGCAUGUGGCGCAUUUAACAUGCUUGCCACAGCAGAGGAUGAGACAAAUGGUUUUGAGCUUUGGCUGCCGGCCUACAAUUCACGUAUCGACAUACUCGAUAUUAUGCCUUCGGGAAGCUUUCUACAAGCCAGUAGUAUAAUGUGUAUGAAUCGUUUACAAAUGGUUAAUUCGUCACGUGCGGAGUUAAAUAAUGAAUCGGGUAGUCUGCGUUCAAGUUCUAUAGCGUGUCAACAUAAAAUAAAUAUGCUUUCUUGUUGUUUAAUUGGUGAUUGCAUCUGGAUAGGCGAUUCGGCUGGAAAUUUACAUUCCUAUAGAUGA